UCUCCCGGCGCAACUCGUGACUGAUUUUAUUUACAACCAGCCUCCUUGCCGACGGCGAGGCCACUACAAGCGGCGGCCCUCGGCCCCGACGACUCCCCCCUCCGUAUGAAUCCAAACAUGCCAGCUCAGACGUGACCCGUCAGUUGAAGCUGCUGUAAAAGACGAACCAUGUGGAGAGUCCAAGGUUUUGUUGGCAGAGUUCUGCAUCGAUGCCAUGGCAGCACCCCUCUGCGGCUGCCCCAGAAUCACUAUGUGGAGGACGAGGUCAUCAACAGCUCAACAGUCCUCUCCAACUCUCGACACUGCUCUGACAGCAGCUCUCAGAAAGAACAGGAUGGAGAGAGGAGGAAGAAACAGAGGACCUAUCAGUUUGCCUACGCUGAGCUUCCACAUUACACAGUUCUGGAUGCUGUGGGUUGGGGUGCAGCAGCAGUUCUGUUUAUGCAGAUCUGCAGGAGGAUCCACUCUCAGUUCUCUUCAAGCACAGAGCCCAGUCCGACCCCUGGAGCCCUGAGAGCCCCCUCCUCGCUGCACAAGUGUGGCUACCGCAUCCUGCUUGAGAUCUUAAGCAGGCGGGAUGUCCUGCCCAGAGGAAGGAGUGUGUUAUGCCUACAGGGGGUGCCAGAGAGACAGAACCAAGAGCAGACUGCAGCUCAGAGCAGCAGCAGCAGCAGCAGCAGCAGCAACAGCAGGAGCAGCACCACAGGUGACACCAGUCUUCACAGCAGCAGUGAGCAUCUGACUGCUGACAGCUUCAUCUCUGACCACCAGAGGGCACUCCUGAACCAGGAUUCACCCAUACCCGACUCAGAAGAACCAUUUCUGUCAGCAUCCUGUCCUCUGCAGAAUGACACCAACCAGGACAGCACAGAGACAAAAGAUGCUGAUGACAAGGACAUGUUGUCUGACAAGGAGAGGCUGGCAGGAGCAACGAUGAACCUCAGACAUGUGGGAAAGAGCAGCGUCCCUGUUAUCCUCAACAUCAUCGGUCUAGAAAAUGCCAAAAAUGAGAACUACGAGGAAGCUUUUACCUGUUUUCUAGCUGCAGCUGAGCAGGGCUACAACAAAACCCAGUUUAAUGUGGGUGUGUGCUAUGAGGAAGGCAGAGGAGUCAGCAAGGAUAAAGAGAAGGCUCUGUAUUACUACUGGCAGGCAGCUGUCGGUGGUCACACACAGGCUCAGUACCGCUGUGCAAAGCUGCUCCUGACCAGUAGGGCGCGUCAGAGUUCAGAGGAGCUGAACACAGCCAUCGACCUGCUGAAGCAGGCUGCUGCAGCUGGACUCACCAAGGCUCAGGUCUGUCUUGCGUCGAUCUAUUCUCAGGAGCCAGUGAGAGACGAGAGGAAGUCUAUCUAUUACCUGAAGAUGGCAGCAGAGAGUGGGGACGACACCGCCCUGCUGUCCCUGGGUCAGUGUUACGAGCGUGGCUUUGGGGUGCAGCAGAACCUGAGGACAGCGAUUGAAUUCUACAAAAGAGCCGCUCAUGCAGGCAACAAGCAGGCUAAGAGCUUACUGACGCCUCUUAAUGAAACAGACGGAAAGGCAGCGUUGCGCUCCAUCCGUUCAGCUCCCUGUUUCUCUGUAGCCAACCGUCGGCUCCAGCAGCCGUUCUCCUCUCUGACCAGUCGUGUCCCACCCUCCACCACCCUUCCCUUCCUGCCUCACUCCUUGAGCACCGGAAGCCUGUGUGCCCCCCCGAUGCAGUCCUCCACGCCUCUUCACCUCCAUCCCCACAGCGCAGAGGGAGAAACCUGCCAGUGGACAGUGGGGAUCGGAUAGUUAUCCUGAGCCAGCACAGGCCAAACUGAGGAAUGUAUUUUAUACUGUGAAUGUUUUUUCAUCAGAGGAGAAAGGUCAAAGUGUGUCUGGAUUAGAGUGAACAGAUUUUAUACAUGGUCAUGUAUGUGAGUGUCGACAUGUUAAUAUAUUGGGGAUUUUUUUUAUAAGCCAGGAAGAGUUGUUGGAUACAAGGUCUGACAAUGUUAUGCGCUGAAUGAGAUAGAGAGGCUUUUCUAUCAUGCGUUUCUAUAUAGUACAGUGUUUUCUUAUGAGCUUCCCUGUGAUAUAUAUUCUAUAAAUGCUAUUCUGCUGUGCCUCCGGGUGGGUUGAGAAUCUAAGGGGGUUUCAUGUUUCUCUCUCCACUAACCUGGGAUUAAUCACAUUAAAAAAAAGAUUUAUCAUAA